ACAUCCUGUCAGUAAUGGCAUUUACAAUAUUAUUGAGUUUCAUAAAUUACAACCAUGUCGAAAUCUUAGUUUCAGUUGCUUUUUAAAUGGAUACCGCAAAAUAGUACUCCAUGGGUCGCCUUUAUGUGGAAAGUACAUUCACUAUAAUAUAUGGAAUAAUUUUAGGGACGACCAUUGCUUGUUUUGUGAAUAUGUCGAUCCUGUGGAGUAUAUGGAAUCGGUCAUGGGGGGACAACUGCUUCUUUACAACAAAAGGUUCGGAGCAGAUUUUGUGCGGUUAUGGCCUGUUCGGAUUACUGCCUCCCGUGGUGGCGUCCAGCGGAGCGAUGUUCAUCCACUUGUAUUACCUCUGCAUGCGGCGGGCUAUGUCAGAGGGAUCAGUAGUGCCUAUGACUAUGCGCUGGUGCACCAAUGUUGAGUUCGAGCUAUUUCUUUGUGGAAUUUUAAUGAUCUACACUUUUGUCUACAUUUGCACGUUAAUUGUCGCAUUUCUUCUGGCUUGCGAAUGGCACACGAAGAUGAAGUUGAUGACCGCAGACUGUCCAAGAAGCCAAAUGCUGCAGCAGUACGUAACCUGCGAAAAUAUUUAUCGAUGCGUGGUUGCAUUGUCAGAGCCCAAAUGUGGGAGCUUCGUCAAUAACCCUGAUCAAACGAAAACUUUUGCGAUUUUAAUUAGUGUAAUAUCGAUGCAGCUAGCGGCCCUUAUAUGCUGGGUGCUUGCGCUCAUUGGUAACAUAUAUAUGAAAAGACGACAGUGAAUCUAUUUGCGUGGGAUUUAUAUAUAUACAUGUGUACCUUUAGCGCAAAACAGGAGUCUUUUGGGUAUUUUUAAGGUUUACGUUUGUCUUCUAUAAUUUAUUAUUUGCAAAUGUUUUGAACUCAAAGUCGGUUUUGAUGUUGCCUUUAAAAUUGCUAAAUAUGUGCGGUUUCCUGUGAAAGUAAAAAAGCAACAGAAAGGAUAAUA